UGCACUUGCACAGUCGAUCCUUGGUGGUAUGCACAGCUCUGGUCCGGUCCUACCAGGUGGUUCCGUGAAAGAUUCCCACGCGCAUUUCAUGGCCCGUCAAACUCCUAUUUUUCUAUCUCUAAUCUACUUCCCACCUCUGACUUGAAUAUAUUUCUUCCUUUUAUAUAUAGAACCAAACCACCCUUCUAAUCCCCCCCUUCUCUCUCUCCAUUUUUCCUGAUAUUCUGUGUGGAUAUAUGAUUUGGGUUUUUGAUUAGGGGGUUAUAGAGUUAAGAUCUCCAAAAACAUGGCGACUAUAACAUCGUUGGAGAGAUCUCUUCAGAACUGUUCGUUAAACCACCAACAAAGCAGUAGUAGCAGCAGUAGCAGCGUAGGGAUUGGAAGCUCAUCAACCGCGGGGAAUCAGCAUGAUGAUCUCUCUUACUCAGCCGACAACACAUUGGAACUCAAUUCCCAGAUCUCACUUCCUUACCACUGGGAACAAUGCCUCGAUUUAAAGACGGGGGAGAUAUAUUACCUAAACCGGAGCACAGGGAUGAAAGCGAAAGAGGAUCCAAGGACAACUGCCGAGUCCAGUGGAGAUAUCUACAGCGAAGGUGAUAGCUCGUAUGACAGUGAAGGGUCUUCGUCGGAGUCAUCUCCUUCAUCAUCAAGAGAACCAAUUAAUCAUCGGAGAAAUGAUAAAAAAGGUCAUGUACUCGUCGUGGCUGGGUGCAAGAGAUGUCUAAUGUACUUCAUGCUGCCCAAACAGGUGGAGGAUUGCCCCAAAUGUUCUGGUCAACUUCUCCAUUUUGAUCGAUCCGAUAAUAGCUUUCCAUGAAUGAUUAAUCACUUGCGUUUGAUAUGUGGAUCUUUUCUUCUCCUUUCAUUCUGAAAUUCAUUUAUAUUACAAUCUAAACAUCUCUAUGCUUUAGAAGUUUUCAGUGUGGAUUGCUGAAAUAAGACCAAAGGCCAUCUUUUGUAAUCCUAACAUUCUUCUUUAUGUCGUUAGUUUUUUCCCUGGGUUUUUUUUUCCCUCCUUUUUCCUAUCAAAUUUGUGUUUUGAGACAACAUUAAUGAAGUUUUAGAGAGAGAUGAGUUCUCAACCUAGCGGUAGGAGCAAGGUCAAACACAA